CUUGAGACCCGUACCGCUGUUAUAGAUCAUUAUUAUCUUAUUUUUUUCUCAAAUUUAUAAAUUAUUUAUAGUAGGAAUCUACAAUUCUAAACGAAGUCUUUAAACCCUAAAUGAAAAGUUGAUUUAAUAAAAAACACAAAAAUGGUAAAUUUUACAGUUGAUCAGAUGCGUGAGAUUAUGGGUAAUCCCAAGAACAUUAGGAAUAUGUCAGUGAUAGCCCAUGUCGACCACGGAAAGUCCACUUUGACCGACUCUUUGGUGUCAAAAGCUGGAAUCAUAGCUGCUAAAAACGCGGGAGAUGCGAGGUUUACCGACACCAGAGCGGAUGAGCAGGAGCGUUGCAUUACUAUAAAAUCCACAGGUAUAAGCAUGUACUUCGAACAUGACCUGGAUGAUGGGAAAGGUGUUCAACCUUUUCUGAUUAACUUGAUUGACUCGCCCGGGCACGUUGACUUUUCAAGUGAAGUCACAGCCGCAUUGAGAGUUACAGAUGGUGCCUUGGUGGUCGUCGACACCAUCGAGGGUGUGUGUGUUCAAACCGAAACAGUUUUACGUCAAGCCUUAAGUGAGCGUAUAAGGCCAGUUUUGCACGUAAACAAGGUUGACCGUGCGCUUUUAGAGCUACAAAUGGGCCCUGAGGAGAUUUACACCACUUUCCUCCACACUAUCGAGAAUGUAAACGUCAUUGUAGCGACUUAUAAUGACCAGUUGAUGGGUGAUGUCCAGGUUUACCCUGAAAAGGGAACAGUUUCCUUCGGUUCAGGACUUCACGGCUGGGCCUUCACGAUAGAAACUUUCGCCAAAAUAUAUAACACUAAAUUCGGAAUCAGCAAGCAGAAGAUGAUGCAUUACCUCUGGGGAGAUCACUUCUUCAGUAAAACUAAGAAGGCAUGGCUAAGUGAAGCCUCGCCAGACGCACCUGAACGUGCCUUUUGCAACUUUAUAAUGAAGCCUAUAUGUUCAUUAUUCACCAAUAUAAUUAACGAGGAUAAGGAAAAGUAUGUGCCUCAGUUAAAGAGCAUUGGAGUUGAGUUAAAAGGCGAGGAUAAGGAGCUGACUGGCAAGCAGCUGUUGAAAAGAGUAAUGCAGAUUUGGCUACCGGCUGGUGACGUUUUACUUCAAAUGAUAGUCAGUCAUUUGCCAUCUCCGUUCGAGGCCCAGAAAUACAGAGUUGAGAAUUUGUACUUGGGGCCUAUGGACGAUGAGGCUGCCAAUGCAAUUAGGAACUGUGACCCUGACGGGCCUCUGAUGAUGUACAUAAGUAAGAUGGUUCCCACGAGUGACAAGGGCAGGUUCUAUGCAUUUGGGCGUGUGUUUUCAGGCACAGUAGCAACGGGGCAAAAAGUGAGAAUUCAAGGCCCGAAAUACGUUCCAGGUGAUAAAACUGAUUUACUGGUCAAGAAUGUGCAGAGAACAGUGUUGAUGAUGGGAAGGUACACUGAGCAAAUCCAAGACGUGCCAUGUGGCAACACAUGCUGCUUAGUUGGAGUGGACCAGUACAUUCUCAAGAGUGGUACAAUUACAACCUUUGAAAAUGCAUACAACAUUGCAGAUAUGAAGUACUCUGUGAGCCCAGUAGUGAGAGUCGCAGUUAAACCCAAAGAUAGUAAGGAAUUACCCAAGCUAGUGGAAGGCUUAAAGAAGUUAAGUAAAAGUGACCCGCUAGUGUUGUGUACUACUGAGGAGAGUGGGGAACAUAUUAUUGCUGGUUGUGGUGAAUUACAUGUUGAGAUUUGCCUGAAGGAUCUGAGGGACGAGUAUGCCCAGAUCGACUUUACAGUUUCUGAUCCCGUGGUAUCUUACAGAGAAACUGUGUCAGCUGAAUCUUACAUGACCUGUUUGAGCAAAAGUCCAAACAAGCAUAACAGGCUUUAUAUGAAGGCUGAGCCGUUUGCAGAAGGCUUAUCAGAGGCCAUUGAGGACGGCAGGAUAACCAGCAGGGACGAAGUAAAGGAAAGGGCAAAUAAAUUAGCCGAUGAGUUCGGCUGGGAUAAAAAUGCAGCUCAAAAAAUUUGGUGUUUUGGCCCUGAGACUACGGGGCCGAAUUUGCUAGUCGACAUGACUUCUGGUGUCCAGUAUUUGGCUGAGAUUAAGGACCACUGUAACAGCGCGUUCCAGUGGGCCACUAAGGAAGGCGUACUCUGUGACGAGAACAUGAGAGGAAUACGCUUCAACCUGCUCGACGUCACAAUGCACGCAGACGCCAUUCACAGAGGCUCUGGGCAGAUACUUCCCACAUGCCGCAGAUGCCUGUACGCCUGCCAAUUAACAGCACAACCCAAACUUCAGGAACCAAUCUUCCUCGUCGAUAUCAACUGCCCACAAGAUGCGGUUGGAGGAGUGUAUAGUACGUUGAAUCAGAGGCGUGGUCAUGUGUUUCACGAGGAGAAUAGGUCGGGAACGCCCUUGGUAGAGAUUAAGGCGUACUUGCCCGUUUCUGAGAGUUUUGGGUUCACGACUGCCUUAAGAGCGUCAACUAGCGGUCAAGCCUUUCCACAGUGUGUGUUUGACCACUGGCAACUGGUGAGCGGAGACGCGCUCGAAAAAGGCUCAAAACUCAAUGAAAUUAUCACACAAAUCAGGGUCAGAAAGGGCCUAAAAGAAGAUGUUCCACCUCUUGAUAACUACUAUGAUAAACUCUAAUAAACAUAUUAUAUA